AUUCAGAUGUUUUCAAAUUUCUCCCAAAAUGGGACGUGAUGGAAAAAAGAGUGGAGUAAGUGGAGGGUCGGCACCUCACUGCCACGCCUCCAAGGCAAGCUCUAUCAGUGGAUACUCGGUGCUAAAGCACAGGGACGAUGGCAAUGGACGCAAUCCGUUCUUUCGGUUCCUGGCCCACUUUCGAAAAUGUUUCAACAACUGCCUUGGUCACUUGCCCUCGGGUCGGGUAACUUUAAUUGCCAGCAAGAUGUGGAAUUGCAUGAGUCAGGCGGAGAAGGAACCCUUUAUCGCUGCUGCGCGGAGAUUUAACUACACAUAUCGAUCGCGAAGCAAAAAAGUCAACUGGGUCCUGGAGAAACUGCGAGAAUCCGCUGCUGGGGUAUGCCAGCCGCAGGCACAGUGGAUGUUGGUCAACUCCUUGAAGUCUUGGCAGGAAUCCGUGCUGAAGGACCUUCUAGACCUGGACUACAAUCUAAACUAAAUCAAAGCCGAUUUGAAUUAAGUGUAAUCUUUAAUAAAUGAUCACUCAAGGUA